CCUGGGACUUGAAUGACCAGCAUGGGAGUUGCGGUGGCUACAGGCCUGUAACACCGAUAAACUCAAGUCAACGUGGAGAAUAAUUUUGUUGUAGCCGAAAAGCUACAUUUAUAAUUGUUUAUAUUAUUGUUGGAACCGAAACUACGUCAAAAUGAGUUUGCUUGCGAAAAUUGCGGAGAUCGAGAACGAGAUGGCCAGGACCCAGAAGAACAAGGCCACUGCUCACCAUCUGGGUCUGCUGAAGGCUCGUCUGGCCAAGAUGCGCAGAGAGCUCAUCACCCCUAAAGGAGGCAGCGGGGGAGGCACUGGAGAGGGUUUCGACGUGGCCAAGACCGGUGACGCCCGUAUCGGGUUCGUGGGGUUCCCCUCGGUUGGCAAGUCGACGUUGCUUAGCAACCUGGCUGGCGUCUACUCUGAAGUGGCAGCGUACGAGUUCACCACCCUGACCACCGUACCCGGCGUCAUCCGCUACAAGGGAGCCAAGAUACAGCUGCUGGAUCUGCCAGGUAUCAUUGAGGGAGCCAAGGACGGCAAGGGCAGAGGACGACAGGUCAUCGCAGUGGCACGUACGUGUAACCUGAUCCUGAUCGUGCUGGACGUGCUGAAGCCUCUGGGCCAUAAGAAGCUGAUUGAGCACGAGCUGGAGGGAUUUGGCAUCAGGCUCAACAAGCGCCCGCCCAACAUCGGCUUCAAGAAGAAGGACAAAGGAGGCAUCAACUUCACCGCCACCUGUGCCCAGAGUGAGCUGGAUGGUGACACGGUGAAGAGCAUCCUGUCGGAGUACAAGAUCCACAACGCUGACGUGACACUCCGCUGUGACGCCACCGCUGACGACCUCAUCGACGUGGUGGAGGGCAACCGUGUGUACAUCCCCUGCAUCUACGUGCUGAAUAAGAUCGACCAGAUCUCCGUGGAGGAGCUAGACAUCAUUUAUAAGGUCCCCCACUGCGUGCCCAUCUCUGCUCAUCAUCGCUGGAACUUUGACGAUCUGCUGGAGAAGAUCUGGGACUACCUGCAGCUAGUGCGCAUCUACACCAAGCCCAAGGGCCAGCUGCCUGACUACACGUCUCCGGUCGUACUGCCUGAUGAGCACACCACCGUGGAGGACUUCUGCCUGAAGAUCCACAAGAACCUCAUCAAGGAGUUUAAACAUGCGCUGGUGUGGGGCUCCUCGGUCAAGCACAACCCCCAGAAGGUGGGCAGGGAGCACACACUCGACGAUGAGGAUGUCAUCCAGCUCGUCAAGAAAUAGACCCAUCACACACACGACCUGGAGAGAGAGGAGGAGGAGGAGGAGGAGGAGGAGAGAAAGAAAAGAGGUGCGGACAGAACGGCAUAUCAAGGACGUCAAGGACACCAGUGCGUUGCAUGAUAUCUGUCGAACUCUGCUUUCACACGGGCCAAAAAAUAACUAUAAAAAAACACACACACACACACACACACACACACACACACACACACACACAAACAAACCUAUAUUGCCAUGGUCAUCUUGCGGUGAUGAAAUAAAGCGAAAUGUCGAAAAACAACAAUAAAAAGAUUGUAAAUACGUAAGUGCAUUUAAUCUGCCCCCACCCAAUCUCAAACACUGUCCCUACCCAAACAUUCACUUUCCAGAUAUGCUUACAAACCAUUUCAGGGAGAGAAAAGGUCUUUCCAUCCCGAAAUAUAUAUGUUUUAAAAGGCGUAUAGUAAAGACAAAUAAAGAAUAAAAGUGACUCAAGUA